CCUCCAUCGUUUAAGGAGUGGACUACGAGGCGCUCCUCCAGGGUUCAUCGGAUUCAAUCCCUUCUCCAGGAGUUACGAAUCCCCCGUAAUCACUCUAGCUCGGAAGUUCUCAAGUACGAAAUAGAUUCAUUGAAGAG